ACGCCGUGGAGAUGGAGGCGAAACCAAUGGCCGUUCCAUCGAAUUUGGGCAAGAACUAAUCUGCAAUUCAGCACGCCGUUCAUGGAAAGCAACCCUACUUGGACGAGCUGUUGCAAGAGGUGAGAACCGAGAAAGGGUGCCUGGAGCGUCCCAUCAAAUAAAUACCCCUGCUAACCAGGCCUUUUAAUUGGUGCACGCAUUUAUGCAGAGUUGCAGCUUCACGACGAUUUGGGAUUUCCCUUGCGAGCGACUGAGGUUGCUUCGAGGGUGCCUGCCACUUUGGAGCUAAAACUGAUUUGUGCCAUUCUUACCCGUCCACCUUUGACCCGCCGUCCUCCCUGCCCGUUGCUGGGCUUGCCACUUGUACUCUGCCUCGUUCCCUUUUUUUCCAGACUUUUCGAAGCGUCAACCUACACUACACCGUCCCUCUCGACUCCUGACCUGACCCUCUCAAACCAGUACAAUCGCUACCCUAUAUCGUCCACCUAAUUUGAUUCCUGUCCUUUCCACGCUCAUUACUGCGCUAUUCACAAUCGAAAGCUCUUCACCACACUCACAACUACACUCAGAGUAUUCUAGUAAUCUCCAUCGGUUGCUCGCCAUCUCUCUUCUGUCAACAGUCUCGUACUACUCGACACGGCCGUAACCUUUCGUCAACGUCGCCAAAAUGAAGUUCUCUCUCGCUGCCGUUAGCGCCUUCGUGGCUUACGCUCUCGCUAAGCCCGCCAUCACCAACACUGACUUCAACAUCCAAGAGGGCGUCGAUUAUACCCUUAAGUGGAAGGAUGCCACUGCUCCCAUUACCAUCACGUUGAUGACUGGCCCUGAUGCGGAUCAUAUGACUCCCUUCAAGACUAUUGCCUCCGGCGUUACCGGUGACUCGUACACCUGGACUCCUGAGGAUGUUCCUUCCGGCACUUAUGCCUUCAAGAUCGCCGAUGGUGACUCCAAGGCGGACGAGAACUACAGUGUCCGCUUUCCCUAUGUUGGCAGUGCCGCGGCCACUACCGGCGCUUCGAGCACCCUGAGCACUGUCACCAAGACCAGCACCUCGACCAUGGUCUCCUCCACUGUUGAGUCGAGCACCAUUGUAUCAAGCUCCGCUGCCUCCAGCACUGAUGCUAGCAGCACCGUCACCUCUGUCGCUUCUUCCGCUGCCACCACCACCACCACCACCAGCAGCAGCACCCAUGCCGCUAGUUCUACCGCUUCUGCCCCUACCAACAGCCCACCCAACACCAACAAUGCUGAGCGUUUCGCUUCUCCUCUAGCGCUCAUCCUCGGAACCGUCGCUGCCCUCGUCUUCUUUAACUAGAAAGCCUCCAGUUAUGUAAACGAAGGGAACUACAACACUUUUUGAUGUGGUUCCCGUACAUAAUUUCUUCUUCUUCUUGACGGAGCAAUAUGUUUAUAACUGAGCUUCAACGCCUCAGCUGCUCCAAACGACUGAAUACCCUCCAAAGUUCGCUUUUGGAAAUUUGGAGAUAAUCAUAUUCUUGGAGUUGGCUUGGCAGUUUACUGACGGAAAAUAUGGACGCUUUGUGAUGGCUUAAUGAUAGGAUGGAUACGAGCGGGUGGAGAGCUAUUGCGGCAAAAGUGUGGCUAUGGACUGUAAUACCCCCGACGAUGGAUGAUGAAGCUGCUUAAUGCAUAAUUUCUUUUACUAGGCCUAUCAUUGAUGAGUCUUUACCACCUCUUGUGGAUGAAUCCCACGGGUUGGGCUCUGAGCGACCAACCCACGGCGUAAGCAAUUGAAGUCGCCAGUUUCUUCAAACGUAACCAUUAAUAUCCCCUUACGUACCUGCCUGGUGUUAUUGUUGUUCUUGUAACCGCACCAUUUGGUGCCCGGUCACAUUCAUAUCCCCCAGCUUCAACUUUACAUACAUAAUUCAUCCACAACGACCCACAUUACCCCAGAUUUCUCCAGGGGAUUCACCAGAUCACUUGGGAGUUGUGGUGCGGUUGGGUGGAACACCCAAGAUGCAGGGAGAUGAUGCCCGGGCAGGGACCUGUCCCCACAAGAUCCAAUGCCGGCAUGAAAGACGUCACAGAGACGGGAUUCUGGGAGUUUGUUUGGGUGUUUGACAUGUCGAUGAGUUAGGAUCCAGGGCCCCCAAAUGGCAGCCAGGCGGAAAAUGGACAUGUACAACACUCUCAACGGCCAACGGCUACCUGCAUGCUGCGUGCGUAACGCAGGGGGGUAGUGCCAAGGACCGUGUUGCCGUGAGCCAUGAGGCGUGGUCCAUGUUGUCGGCCCUAUCGCUUCUUACCUUGCUAUCUUCUUGCUUCCCAAUCAUGUCGGAGAAAGUAUAGAGGGGAGAAAGAGGGGGAAGGGAAGGCGUACAGGCGUACGUACGCACCCAUUGGUUACCUAGUUAAGUUCAUUCCUCGGUGUCGUGCAGCGAGACCUGUGACUUUCUGCCAGUGAUCCUGUGGGCUCCCUUCUUACAUGCCCUGGCGCCGCCAUUAUGCCGUCGGGGCCCGUGAGCUGAGUGAGUGUUAUGCUGUUUUAACUAUUGGUUGUUGGGUCUUCCUUCUUCUUCUUCUUCUUCUUCUUCUU